GGGACGCUUCUUCAACAACAUCUAGUCAGCCACCUCGGUAGCUUCCUAGCGGAAACAUUCAAGCUGUUCAGACUGCUUCGGUGUAUAUUUGCCUCUGUAUGUGAAACAUAAUUCUGUCUUUUAACUAUUUUCCCCAUUUAAUGUCAUAUUUCCGUUUAGUCAGGGAACGGUAGCUGGCUUGAUAAAUGAGCCGAUCACUAGGCUAGUCGCUAACUAGCUAGGUUAGCUGGCUAACAUCCCCGACCAUGAGCUCAGCAAGCUACUGCCCUCCUGCUAAAAAAGAGGUCUGCUGGAAGGAGAAAGAAGGUAUUUGGCUGAACGUUGUCGUGAAAGAGGAGAAUGAAGAGGAGGAUGUCACAGUAAACGAAGAAGUAGAGGAGGAUGUCACAGUAAACGAAGAAGUAGAGGGUGAGGCUGUUACAGAGAAAGAAGGGGAAGAAAACGAUUAUACUUUUUCUGGAGUGAAUGAAGGAGAGAUAACUGUCAUAUUGAAGGAGGAGGAGAGGGAAGAAGAAGAGGAGGAGACAGAAGAUCUGAGUAACACCACAGAGAGACCAGACUCUCCUUCUGACAGCAGGAAGAGUCCUUCAGGGAAACCAGACCCCGAGACGUCCAAACCAGCAGGACGACAUCACUGCUCCCAGUGUGGAAAGAGUUUUACUCAGUUAGGGAGCCUGAGAACACAUAAGAGAAUACACACUGGAGAGAAGCCUUACCACUGUUCCCAAUGUGGAAUGACGUUUACCCAGUUAGGGAGCCUGCAAACGCAUGAGAGGGGACACACAGGGGAAAAGCUUUUCCAAUGUUCCCAUUGUGGAAAAAGUUUUGGGCAGGUAGGAAACCUGAACAAACAUGAGAGGACACACACAGGUAAGAAGAUGUACCGCUGCUCCCAGUGUGGAGAGCGAUUUACCCGGUUAAGGUACCUGAAAGAGCAUGAAAGAAUACAUACAAAUACACAGGAGGAGAAGACAUACCACUGCUCUCAUUGUGGAAAGACCUUUUCCCAGUCAGAGAACCUGAAAACACAUGAGAGAAUCGAGAGGCUGUGUUCUGACUUGUGUUUUUGACUGAGAAUGUGUGUUUUUGUUUGGGCUGGCAGACUUGAGUUCACUUUGUGUAAUGUUAGUGCACAAUUUUUUGUGAAUUUAUUGUAAUGUUUUUAAAAUUGUAUAACUGCCUUUAAUUUUGCUGGACCCCAGGAAGAGUAGCUGCUGCCUUGGCAGGAACUAACGGGGAUCCAUAAUAAACCCCAGGAAGAGUAGCUGCUGCCUUGGCAGGAACUAAAGGGGAUCUAUACUAAAUACAAAUACUUUUAUCAAUAUAUUUGUCUCUCUUUACUCUCAGAUUCGAAAAUGCUAAUUAGCAUCAAAGUAAACUACAUGCAAGACUACAAAUCCCUGCAAGCUCCUGCAAGUCAUCUCCAGCCGACACCUUUCACAGAACACUUCACAGAAUUUUCCAUUGAAAUAAAUGUUGGCAAUUUAAUCAUUGCUACAUUGAGGCCUGAUUGGUGGAGUGCUGCAGAGAUGGUUGUCCUUCUGGAAGGUUCUCCCGUCUCCACAGAGGAAAUCUGGAGCUCUGUCAGAGUAAACAUCGGGUUCUUGUUCACCUCCCUGACCAAGGCCCUUCUCCCCCGAUUCAUCAGUUUGGCCGGGCGGCCAGCUCUAGAAAGAGUAUUGGUGGUUCCAAACUUCUUCCAUUUAAGAAUGAUGGCGACCAUUGUGUUCUUGGGGACCGUCAAUGCUGCAGACAUUUUUUGGUACCUUUCCCCAGAUCUGUGCCUCGACACAAUCCUGUCUCAGAGCUCAACGGACAAUUCCUUUGACCUCAUGGCUUGGCUUUUGCUCUGACAUGCACUGUAAACUGUGGGACCUUAUAUAGACAGGUGUGUGCCUUUCCAAAUCAUGUCUAAUCAAUUGAAUUUACCACAGGUGGACUCCAAUCAAGUUGUAGAAACAUCUCAAGGAUGAUCAAUGGAAUCAGGAUGCAUCUGAGCUCAAUUUCGAGUCUCAAAGCAAAGGGUCUGAAUAUUUAAGUAAAUACAUUUGCAAAAAUGUCUAAAAAAACUGUUUUUGGUUUGUCGUUUUGUGGUAUUGUGUGUAGAUUGAUGAGGGGAAAAAAUCUUCAAUUUUAGAAUGAUGCUGUAAUGUAACUAAAUGUGGAAAAAGUGAAGGGGUCUGAAUACUUAACGAAUGCACUGUAUUACACUGGCAGAGUUUUCUACCAUAGGCAGUUUUGUACACAGUCACGUGAUACGUGGUAUAGAAAAGUCCAAUCUUAGGAGAGUACAUGGGAGGCACUAUACUGUGUGUCUGCAGGUGUCUAUCUGGUCAAAACCACUGAUGCAGGUGCCCCUCCACCCUCUGGUGGGAUGGAUCAUGUCUACAGAGAAACCUACAUUCAAAUACUUAGAUUUGUGUGUAUUGGAUAUAUGUUGUGAAAUUGUUAGAUAUUACUGCACUGUCGGAGCUAGAAACACAAGCAUUUUGUUACACCCGCAAUAACAUUUGCUAAACACGUGUAUGUGACCAAUAAAAUGUGAUUUGAUUUUGAUUUGAAAUAAACGUCCUAUUUAUCAAAGGUG